AUGCAGUUUUUCCAGUUUUAUCCAUCAUAUACAUACUCUCUCUCUCUCCUUCAUCAUCCAGGGGCUGGUGUUUUCUUCCUGUCCUGUUCAGAAGGAGAGCAGAUCAGUUUCCUAUUUGACUGCAUUGUCAGGGGCAUCAACCCCACCAGGGCCCCACACGGCCUGCGGCCUAACCUGCCAGCAGAUCCCAGUGCUGACCCAGCUUCAGCAGAGGAACGAAUCAACCUUGAGGCAUCAGUGCUGGAGAAAAGACUGAGCAUGCUGUCUCAGUGCAGUUUAGCGAGCAGCACAGCCUCCACUUACAGUUGCAGUACGUCAGUUGCUGGAGAUGACCACAGCAGCAUUUCCAGCUCUUCCUCCAGUCAAUCAGAUACAAGCUAUGGAAGCAGACUUCCAUUUUGGGCGGAGCCAUUAGGCAGACUGCACCUCUCCAAUGAGACAGCAACAAGCUCUUCCACGCUGAAGGCACUGCUCAGUUCAGAUGACCAGCUUUAUGCUGCUGUUAUGGGAGGCUCCAGGAGUCGUCCCUCAUCCGCUCACCUCCAUCCUCGUGGUCUUCAUGACAGUGGGCGGCAGAGUUCAUUAGACAGCGGAAUUGGGAUAGCGACAGGCAGUCACUCUUCUUACUCGGGGAGUUAUUCCUCAUGUAUGGGGAGUCUGGACAUGGCCAGCCAGGGAGUAGAGGAAGAAUUUGGCUCUUUAGCCAGCCUUCCUGCUGCUGCUGCUCCUUUUCUGUCCUCACCUCCUUCUGCGCCUCCCCCAACUCCUCCUUCUUCUCCUUUUCAGCUCAUGCUCAUCCCAGAGCACAGUUCUGCAGGCAUCACCCCCUCUUCCUGCUCCCGUGCCUCCAGAUCUGCAUUUCAUACAUCUCGUAGGCACAGUGAAGAAUACCAGAUUCCAAGUCUGCUUAGACUGUGGUAUGAUACCCCCAGGAGUCUGCUCCAGGCCCAACCCCUAAAGGAAUCAUUGUCCCAUGGAGCCCCACCUGAGCUCGGCAAGGACAGUAGGAGCAGUGGGGAUGGAGGUGAUGGUCAGGGACAGAGAAGACAGAAGGCUCAGCAUCAGGCCAUGAUGCAGCGCUCACACUCCUGGGGUAGUGAGAGGGCGCCCUCUGUGGAAAGUGAGGGGAGGUCCACACCUAGACCCCUGCUGGUCCCUGAAGAUUUUCUUUUUGCAGAAAAGCAGACUGACGGCUCUCCGCUCAUGGACCUGUCACCUUCUGCACACACACGAGACCCGCCUCCCUGUGUGAGGGGGGAACACCGUGACAGUCGUGAUAUUGGUUCUAAGCUGGCAUGUCUGAAGAAACUGUUGCCAUCUCUGCUCUUGUCUGCCCCUCCACUGCCUCCUGUCAUGACCGUGCACAGACCAACAUCAGCUUGUGGUAUGUUCCAGUCUUCCCACGAGGUUCCUCCGCCUGCAUCCCUGGACAGCGGGCCUCGUAAAAACAGCAGUGUUAAUUAUGUCAACAUCCCUGUUAGCCCUGUCCUGUAUAAAACUAGAGAGCUGCUCUACACAGAGCUGGAACUGCAGAAACCCAGCUCGGCUCCGGUCUCCAGUCCGUGCAGAGGUAACACAGCGCAGCUCUGCAGACUCAAAGAGGGCUCCAUCAGGUACGCCCACCUGGACAUCACUGCCAUGGAAACUGCUCAGAGAGUGGGGGCGGAGCAUGUUCAGGCCAGGGAGGACAGACUGACUCAACUGGAGAACAGGCGGCAAGGGCCACCAGCCUGACUCUGGAACGCCCAACUGGAUGACACUUCAGAAUAGUUUUGACUGCAGAUUCUCUCCAACUCUCUGGAAAAGCUGACAGACUCAAAUGUGGUGGAUGAUCAUACCGGUUAUGUUGUACUUAAAAAACACACCCACAGUUGUGACAGUGUAAUAAAAUUCCCACAGUCCAUUCCACUAUGGGUAAAGCUUUGGGAGCUUUCUUAUGCAGCUUCUGUUUUGUCUUGUCU